AAAAAAGGAAUUACUCACAUACCGUUGUUACAGGAAAGAAAGCUAAAUUGAGACUUCAUACUUAAUGAUUAUCUUUUUUUACUCAUGAUCUCGAGGCACGGGCACAUAUGGACAGAAACAAUUUAUUUGACAAUACAAACGAACUACUAUUCAUUAAAUGUCGACUAUACAAACGAACUAAAUCUAGCAGUCGAGAACAGUAGUUUAUCUACCCCGCGCAUGCGCACUUCACGUCUACAUUUGCCAGGACAGCGUGACAAGCAUUGGCCUGGUGAAGAGAGACUGCCCUUAACGUGAGUGAGUCAUGGCCCAGUUCGGGGGACAGAAGAACCCGCCGUGGGCGACUCAAUUUGCUGCCACAGCGGUGUCCCAGACGGGCCACUCAGGACCGUCCCUUGACCUCAAUAGCCUGCAUUCUCUUGGUGUGCAGCAGCCAUCUCUUCUGGGUGCAUCCCCAUCUGUUUACUCUCAACAGUCAGCCAUGGCUGCAGCCUCUCUCAGUAACCAAUCUGCUGCAAACUAUCAGCUGUCUCAGCAAACUGCUGCCUUGCAGCAGCAGGCUGCAGCAGCUGCCGCAGCCGCACUACAGCAGUCUCAGCUCAAUACAGCCCUCCAGCAGUAUCAGCAGCAGCAGCAGCAGCAACAACAACAGCAACAACAACAACAACAACAACAACAACAGCAGCAGCAGCAACAACAGCAGCAGCAGCAGCAACAACAACAGCAACAGCAGCAACCCCCUCCACAGCAACUGUACAAUGUACCUCAUCAGCUUCCCCAGCCUCAACAGGCACUUCUUUCUCAGCCCCCCGUCUCCUUGCCCACCAGCCUAAGUUUGUCCAACCCCCAGCAGACCGCCCAGAUCACCGUGUCCUACCCAACACCACGCUCAAGUCAUCAACAGCAGACGCAGCCACAGAAGCAGCGAGUCUUCACUGGCGUCGUCAACAAGCUCCAUGACACAUUUGGCUUUGUAGAUGAAGAUGUCUUCUUUCAGCUCAGUGCUGUAAAGGGGAAGACUCCUCAGGUGGGUGACAGGGUCCUAGUGGAAGCUGUGUACAACCCCAACAUGCCCUUCAAGUGGAACGCCCAGCGCAUCCAGACCUUACCUCAGCUAUCAAACCAGUCGCAUCAGCAACAGUCUUUACCUCAAGCUCCUCCACAGCUUGGCAGCCUUUACGCUGAGCCAGGGAUGCAGCUGCGCUACUCAGACAUGCACUCCGCUUUGGACAACAGACAAAAUAGCCAGCCUCAGCCUCCUAACAUGAUGAAGGUAGCACCCCCCAUGAUGCAGUCGCUACCUCCCCCAACAUUCAGUGUUCCAACCCAGCCUCCCCCUCCUUCCCUGCUGCAGGCCCAGCUGUCUGCUGCCUCCCUGGUCCCUCUCCUCCAAAACCCUCCUCAGCCUCUGCUACCACAGCCUCCACCCAAAGAUGUGUUUCCAGGGGGUCUGCUUCAGCCCCCAGUGAGGCUCAUGCCACAGCCGCAGCCUGUACGACGAAUCGAGCCUCCACCUCGCUUCCCCAGUCGCAAUGACCGAGGCCCAGAGCUCAUCCUCAGGACUAAAGAAGAACGCAGUGUGUUUACUCAUCAAUUCUUCAGUCGGGACAGAGACCGUGAGCGCAGACGAUCAAGAGAGCGCUCGCCCACACGCAAACGAUCCAGAGAACGCUCUCCCAGACGGGACCGCUCACCUCGGCGGCCUCGCAGGGUGGUUCCUCGCUACACAGUCCAGUUUUCCAAGUUCAGCUUAGAUGGCUCUAGCUGUGACAUGAUGGAGCUGAGAAGGCGCUAUCAGAGCCUCUACAUUCCCAGCGACUUCUUUAAUGCCGUCUUCACCUGGGUAGAUGCCUUCCCUCUGACGAGACCCUUCCAGUUAAGCAACGCCUGCAACUUCCACAUCUUACACAAAGAGGUGGAUCCUCUAGUCAAGAAUACAGCUGUGCUGGACCCUCCUGAUGCCAACCACACCUACAGUGCUAAGGUGAUGCUACUGGCUAACCCCAGUCUAGAGGAGCUCUAUCACAAGUCCUGUGCUCUGGCAGAGGACACCCAGGAAGUCAAAGAUUCCUUCCAACAUCCUGCUAGACUCGUAAAGUUUUUGGUGGGAAUGAGAGGUAAAGAUGAGGCCAUGGCCAUCGGCGGUCACUGGUCUCCCUCUCUGGACGGAGCAGACCCAGAGAAGGAUCCCUCGGUUCUUAUAAAGACAGCCAUACGCUGUUGCAAGGCACUCACAGGCAUAGAUCUUAGUCUAUGCACUCAGUGGUAUCGCUUUGCAGAGAUUCGCUAUCAUCGGCCGGAGGAGACACACAAGGGGCGGACAGUCCCUGCUCAUGUGGAGACAGUGGUUUUGUUUCUUCCGGAUGUUUGGCAUUGUCUUCCUACCCGCUCAGAGUGGGAGGUGCUGUCCCGGCGACUUCGGGAGCAGCUGGCUGAGAAGCUGUCGGCCGAGCGAAAGGAGGCGGAUGGAGAACAGGAGGAAGAAGAGAAGGAUGACGAAGAAUCAAAGGACGUUAGUGUUCCCACUCACUGGGCUAAACUUGACCCGAAAUCAAUGAAGGUAAAUGACCUGCGCAAAGAGCUUGAUUGUCGCUCUCUGAGCUCUAAGGGGUUAAAGUCGCAGCUGAUCGCCCGUCUCACCAAGCAGCUGAAGGUGGAGGAGCAGGUGGAGGAGUCCAAGGAGCCAGAAAAACCGGAGAUAAAGGCUGCUGAGGAAGAGCAGCCAUCUCGCCCUGAGGAAGACAGAGAGGAGGAGGAGAAGAAGAGGCUGGAGGAGCUCGAGCGCCAGCGGAGAGAAAGGCGCUACGUCCUCCCCGAUGAGCCCACCAUCAUCGUGCACCCAAACUGGGCCGCCAAGAACGGCAAGUUUGAUUGCAGUGUGAUGUCCCUGAGUGUGCUGUUAGACUACAGACUGGAAGACAACAAGGAGCACUCUUUUGAGGUGUCCUUAUUCGCGGAGCUGUUUAACGAGAUGCUACAGAGAGAUUUUGGCUUCCGCAUAUAUAAAGUCCUGGCUGCUUUUCCUACCAAAGAGGAUAAGAAGGAAAAGGAGAAGAAAGUCAAGAAGGAGAUGGAGAAGCGUGAAAUAAAGAAGGAAAAAGAGGAGGAGACUGAAGAACCAGCCGUAAAGAAGACUAAGGAGGAUGAGGAGGAGAAGAAGAAGUGCGAUGAAAAGGCUGUGAAGAAGGAGUCGUCUCGAGAUGAAGAGGAGAACGAAGAUGAUUGCAGCAUGGCCAAUGCUGAAGAGUACGACCCCAUGGAGGCUGAAGAUGCAGAGGAUGACGAUGAUGAUGACAAGGAUGACGACGACUCCAAUGACCGAGACAGGAAAGACCGUAAGGAUGACCGCAAGUCGUCAAAAGAGAGGUCCUCUAAAGACAAGGAGAAGAAGCAGAUGGUCACACACAACAGGGAGCUGCUGAUGGCGUUUGUCUACUUUGACCAGAGCCACUGUGGCUACUUGCUGGAGAGAGACCUGGAGGAGAUCCUGUACACACUGGGACUGCACCUUUCUCGUGCUCAGAUAAAGAAGCUGUUGAACAAGCCGGUGGUCAGAGAGUCGUGUUACUACCGUAAACUGACAGACCGAGGGAAGGAUGAACCGAUUCCUUUCUUUAAUGAAGCUCAGAUUGAAAACCUCACAGGUAACCGAGGACUACUUCCUGCUCCUAAAGCUUGUGCGCCGUCUGAGGCCAGCGAGUCUGGAAAUCUGAUCGUGUAUAACGGAGCCAUGGUGGACAUUGGCAGCAUGAUGCAGAAACUGGAGAAGAGCGAGAAAGCAAGAGAGGAAAUCGAACAGAAGCUCAUGGUGCAGGAUGCCAAAAUGGAUGAAGACGCGAAGGUCAAAGCUCAGGUGGAGCAAAGCAACAAGGCUUUGUCCAAGGAGCUGGAGGAGGUGAAGGGCACUCUGAGCCACACGGAGCAGACUCUAAAGGCCGCCGACAAGCAGAAGAACAUCUACCUCGACCAGAUUAGCAAGACGUCCGACACCUUGACGUCCACCGUCAAAGAGCUGCUGGCAGUGAUGAAAAAGGAUCAAGAAGCAGACGAGUCUGGGGAUGAAGUUACCGGCGAUCACAUCCGGACAUCUCAAACAAAUGGCGCCAAUGAAUGAGUGACAUUUAAGAUGGAUGAAGCUGUAAUACUGACUAUCUUAAAAACUGUAAAUAUUCACUAAACGAGCAUAAUUUGACUGUUUUCUUUUGGGGACUUACUGUUUUCCACGUACAUGUACGGAUUCAUUAAUGAACUAGUGUUGAUUUGAACUCGGUUUCUGCGUGCAAUAGAUUUGUUUCUGAGAAGUUACCUUUCUUACCUAGAAUCAUUUGAUCUCCGGCAAAGCUUCAGAUUCUAGUCGGUUAAGUUCAGUUGCUAACAUUUCUUUUUGCCGUUGCUUUAGCUUCAUUAUGGCCGAUAAAACGCUUUGUCAUAGAUUUAAAUGCCAGUUUGUGCGAGUUAUACUUUUCAUAAAUGUUUGUUUUUCUAAUGAGCAAUAAUGAGGCUAUUUAUGUGCAAGAGAAUUCAUUGAAAAUAUAUAUUUAAAAGGCACUAAUUUUGGAUGGAAAAGGGUAACAUCCGCUAUUAAACAACUGUGUUCAAUAACCACA